AGCGCAAGAAGCCGAAGAAAAAAGUAGAAAAGAUCCGCAAAAAGUGCAAUUUUAUGCUGAAUCGCGUGUUUUUUUCGAAGAAAUACAUUAAAAGGGCAUUUUUUUACCUCGCGAUUAGUAUUAUCGAUUAAUCAAACUGCUAAAUAAUUAAACCAGGUGAUUUUGCCUCGAAGUUUGCAUUUUUCAGUCGAUUUCACAACAGCGAUUUUGCCGCACCAUCGAAAUUGUAGAACCGCGUACCGCUGCUGCGAUAAAGGUGUAAUCAUCGGUUUGACUUGCAUUUUAACACUUGAUCUUAUAAACAAAAACGGAGAAAAUCGUACCGUCCUUAGUCAUUGUAAAUCGACCUCAAAGGGGUCUUCGAGGGUUUAACGUACGAAGCGAUCCUUGACAGUGCUGUGAUGCUAUGCUAAUUAUUCUCAUCGGAACAGUACAGGUUGGUCGUGUUUUCAAAAAUCUGCUGCUAGGAAGAUUCUUUUCGCCGGCUUUCAUUGGAUACCGAAUCGUUCGUAAGUUUCGGAUUUUACUUGGUAUGGAAAAGAUGGGUAAAUCCACAACGACUACCACCGAAUCAGCCACAUCGUCGACUGUUGUUUUCAACAAGGACGACAAACAGCAUUGCUUUGAUAUUAAUGGGCGCAGUGUGACCGUUAUUGGAAAUGUAGGAAAGCAUGACCAUGGUAGUUCGAAGGUGAAGUUGAAGAACAUUGUCGACUACAAAUGGGAGCAACGAAACUAUCCUGGACGUCUAAUCGCCUGUCAUAACGAAGGCAAACUUAUUGCUUAUGCUAUAACCGUAAACCAUCGCGCCACUCCGGAAGGUAUGGUUCGUAUCGUACACCUUUUGCUUGGGCAACGUGCCCUUAUCAAAGGUAUGUCUGGAGAAGUUCUGGACUUGCAGUUCGCGCAUUCCGCUUCCAAGAUUUUGUUAGGCGUUAUCGAACAAAUUGCACUGCACGUAAGUCACGUUGAAAUUGUCAACGAUAAAAUUAUCUGUACAAAGUUGCUCAAAGUUAACGAUCCGAUCGAUGGACACGUACCGCUGUGCGAUAAAAUAUCCUGGUGCCCUUAUUUACAAGACAAUGACUACGAGGACCUGUACGCCAGUCAGCUGCUGGUAUGGACUCGUGGCGACAUCUUUCAGUGCUACAGUAUUAGCACCGUUGUUCAGCACUACGGAAGUGGAGAAAUUUCCGGAAAGGACAUUUCGGAGGGUGGAUUCAAAUUUGGUGAUACUUUGCCCAUAAUAACGGGAGCGAUUUUUUCUGCGGAUGGGACAACGUUGGCUAUAAGUUGCGAUGAUGGUGUCAUACGAUUCUAUCAAGUGUACCAGCACACGAACGACAGCAAUCCACGGUGUCUGCACCAGUGGAAGCCGCAUGGCGGUAAGACAAUCAGUAGUUUCUUCUUUUUGGACAAUUAUACAGAACAGGCAGGAGAUCAAUCGCUUUGGCAGCACGCUAUCACGUGCUCGGAUAACAAUACCGAAAUCAAAGUGUGGUCAUGCGAGACCUGGGAGUGCACACAAAUGAUAAAAUUCGCCCUACCGAUUGAACAACCGCUUCAUUUUAAGGCAGAAAUAGAUGCAACUUCGUCGUUUCUGGUCUUGUCGGAUAUGGCCACGCGUGAGCUGUAUGUGUUGCAGGUGCGCAAAGAAACGUGCCCUGCCAUAACCAAUGGGAAAUCAUGUGAAGAAGGCUAUUCAAGUUCUACACUGACAGAUUCAAAGGCCAACGAUCAAAACAACACAGCAGCAUCAACCACAAGCUCUGUGACCACCAGCGCUGGUGCCAUUACGAGGGCAUUUAUCUCAUCGAUCGCCGAGUUUCCACUUUCCUCACCGAUUCUCAGUUUUGGCAUUCUCGAUGUAGCAGUUCGAAUGUUCAAAACCAACGACGCAUAUUUAAUCGACGAGUUGGAUGACUAUGACGAGGAAAAUAGUGCUCUCUACUGCGUGGUAAUCCGUAUGUACCUUGUUCAACCCAAAAGUGUACAGGAGUGCCACCUCUUUUAUCAACCGAAUGUAACUUUCGGUACUGUAGUUCGCAGUACAAUUUCGAGCAUCAGCAGUGAAUAUCGCAACAUUUCUCAAUCAUCCAAUUCUACUAAUAAAGACGAACGGGGUAAUAGCGUGUCCUCGUUGAUGGAUAUGAUCAACAAAAAUGCCAGCAACACGGCGAUACUUGCCGAAGGGACUGACAGCUCGUUGAACACCAGCGAUAAAGUGACGAAUGCGCAAUCGAAAGAUACGGAAGAGAUAAAAAAGAUCAUCUCACCCAUCGCCAGUUCGACGGCUCUAUCGACAUCAACAGAUAAAGUAAUCCAACAGAAACAAGCCGUCAAUCUUAUGACCCCCGAUUCCUUCAACUCGACGAGUGACAAAACAGAUACACACAAAACCGACGAAACCGUCAAUCCGGACGUUUUGAAUACCCUACUUAUGUUGGCCAAUGUCACGAAGCAGCAGCAGCAAAUGAACAGCAGUAGCAUAACGUCGCCCAACGAAAGCCUUAAGGAGAAACCAUCUCCUUUGAAUAUGCUGAACAUUGUCAACAGCACCAUGAUCGAAGAACAGGAGCAGGCCAAGGUUCGACAGUCAGUUGAACUACAGCAGAAAGUAUUGCUGGAAACACCACCAGUCCCACCGAUGCCUUCGACUGAAAUGCUCGCCAGUGGAGGAUCCAGUCCCAGUCGCGAAGUUCAGGAGAUUCUCUCACUCAAAGACAAUGACUGUCUGAACGAGUACUACGACUCGGACAACAUUUUACUGGAUGAAACGGAUGGGAUCGGGGCAGAUGAUGAUGAAUUGAAUGAUCUGGAAAAUGAAAUAAUCGAUGACGAAGAGGACGACGAUGGGUACAACUUUAAAAACAUAGACGACGACGAUGAUGAUGACGAGUUACAGCGGAGAGUACAGCAAACCCAAGAGCCCGUACAAAAACGUUCAGAGGUAAAACCGAUCAAUCAAGAUCAGCUGCCACAUGGAUUCGUCAAAUCAGAACCGGUGCAUGAUAAAGUCAACAAAAAUGAAUCCUCAAGAAGCGGAGGGUGGCCCAAAGUCCCAGAGGUACCACAUCCACCUCAAAAUAACUCCACAACAACAGCACAGCAACCUCCACCGCAGCCACCGAUGGUUGUGACCACACCACAAAACUCUAAGCAACUAGACGAUUUAACCCAGAAAAUGGAUUUGCUCCUGGAUAUUGUGCAAACACAGUCCCGUCAAAUUACUGAUCUUCGCUCACAAGUACACGAUUUGCAUAAGACCCGUUCCGAAGAAGCACAACGGUUUUCGUCAGCAAUCCACAAGUUAGAAAUGUCAAUUUUCAAGAAAAUGGAUGACUGUUUCGCCCGAUAUGACCGACAGCAAUCAGGCAAAGUAGAAGCCUGUGUCGUCUACCAGAACCGACAACUGCGGGAUGGUCUCAUUCAAGCUCUACCCCAGAUAAUGAAUACGCAUAUGAUCGAGCGGUUCACCGCGACGAUCAUUGCGGAAAUUCAACGGUUUGUGAUACCACACAUUAAUGCAAAGGUGGACCAAAUGACACACAUCAUAAAGAUGGACAUAACAACCAGGUUCAAUAAUUUCGAUGCCCUGUUUCGAAGCAACCUGGAAAAGAUGAUCCGUAGCCAACCAUUCAUCGAUACAUUAUCGGCAACCAUCCAAGCUGGAGUACGUAACGGAUUGGAAAGAGUGUAUCACGAGUCCGUUCGCAACGUCAUUCUUCCGGGUUAUGAGAAAUCAUCGCAAGAAUUGUUUCGUCAACUGAAUACUGCGUUUUCCGCAGGAACAAAAGAAUAUAUUCAAAAAAUGGACAAAUACCUUGAACAAAACAAGCAGGUUACAGAUCGAACAGCUGAACUUAUUGAGCUCGUACGAAAGGUACCGGAACACGUCAACACCGACAGCGAACGGCAGUUCAAAACGAACACAGUUGUGCUGCGGGAAGAUAUUACUCGUGAUUUUAAGCUACUGCAGACCAGUCUGCUUAAGGUUAUUCGGGAAAACAUCAGAUACGAAAUCGAAAAAGGACUGGAAGCGCAAGCCUCCUCGCUCGAAGAUUCCGUACUCUCAGCUGUGCGAUCUCAAGCUCAAACGCCUGCCCCUUCGAAUGUAGACAUUCAAGAGCAAAUCCGGCAGUUACUUGCCAAUGGACAGAUAAACAAAGCCUUCCACAAAGCACUUCUUUCCAAUGAUUUGUCGCUGGUAGAUUAUACGUUGGAAAAAGCAGACUACAAACAUGUAUUCAGUCCUUGCCCGCUGGAGCAAACGGUGCUACUCUCGCUGAUUCAGCAAAUCUCCGCAGACAUGGCCAAUCACAACGAACUCAAGCACAGGUAUCUCUCGGAUUCCAUUGUGAGUUUGAACUUCAUGGACCCGAUCACAAAGGAACAUGCACCAAAAGUGAUGCGCGAGUUAAAUCAAAACUGUCAAACCUAUCUGACUGCAAAUCCUGGCAAUCCGCUAGCGACCAGCAUGAAGAUGCUGCUGAUUGCUAUUCAAGGAUUGGGCUUCAAGCAAUUCUGAUGCCUGUGGAAAUAGACUGCGGAAUGCUGCUGAGAGUAAGACUUCCGACCGGUCAGAUAUCGAAUCUGCAUUUUUUUUAGUUCUAUCGUUUUCGUUUCGGAUCAAUGAACUUUACAAAUUGAAGUUUUUCGAAAAGAAUCAAAAUAAUGAUUUUGUUUUAGGAUAUUUUUUCUUGUUUUACCAAUCGUUCUCACGCGAUUGUUAAACAGGUUUUUAUCCUAUUUAAUUCGUUUUUUGAACGGUUUAAAACUCGACCGCUAUCAUAUAUUUGACGCGUUUUGAAGCUUUCUCCAAAACUAAAAAAAACAAUUUCACAAAGAUAUUAAUCAUAUUCUUUUUCGACAACAUUCAAUCAAAAGCAUCAUUUCAAUGAAAUACACUACAAAUGUAAAACCAUGUUAAAAUAAAAUUUGUUGUAUUGAGUAGUGAAAUAUCACGUGUUAAGCAUAGUAAAGUCACUGCAGAUUAGGGUCUAUUUUCACGAGAAUUCAACUAACAGACUCCAUGAAUUUUUUGACGUAAAUACGUCUUCCUUUACUAGCUUUACGUAACAACAUCAAUCUUUUGUCAUGUCAUUGCAAAUGUGAGCAGCAUUUUAUGACAAAAUUUUCAAUAUAUAACUCAAAAAUGAGUCAUUCAGCUGUUAGUCU